AACUUAUUCCACUCUAUUUAUGGGUGAUUUCACCAUUAUAGGUCACAGAGUACAGCAUGAUGACUCUAACUCCAACUCUUACUACCUUAAAAUGCUGUUGUUGUUCCUUCAUCCAUGUAGAAUCAAUAAUUACUUUUCAUUCUAGAACUAAAUUCUGAUAUCCCCAAGAUACAGAUUUUCAAAAAUCAUUACCAGUCAGUGGUGCAAGCACACUAGAGAGAAGAUGAGAUACAGAUUCAGAUUCAGAAUGAUUUAUUUAUCACAUGUACACCGAAGCAAACAGUGAAGUGCAGUAUUUACGUUAACAACUAAGACGACCUAAGGUUUGAUGUCACUACUGGACCCCUUAUCUAAGAAAGGGUGUGCUGGCAUUCGAGAGGGCCCAGAGGAGGAUGAUGAGAAUGAAUCCAGGAAUGAAAAGGUUAACAUAUGAGGCGUGUUUGAUGGCUCUGGGCCUGUAUUCAAGAAUGGAGGGGGACAGGGGUGGAUCAGAUUGAAAGCUACUCACUAAUGAAAGUCUUAGAUAGAGUGGACAUGGAAAGGAUGUUUUCUAUAGCAGGAGAGUCUAGGACCAGAGGGCACGGCCUCGGAAUAGAGGGAGGUCCCUUUAAAAUAGAGAUGAGGAGGAAUUUUUUUGGGCAGAUGGUGAUAAAUCUCUGAAAUUCACUGUAAUAGAUAACUGUGGAGGCCAAGUCACUGGGUAUAUUUAAAGGGGUAGUUAAUGGGUUCUUUGUCAAGAACCUUAGGAGUUUCUUGAUUAGUAAGGGGGUCAAAGAUUACAGUGAGAAGGCAGGAGAAAGGGUUUGAGGGAAACUAAAUCAGCCAUGAUCAAAUGGUGAAUCAGACCCAAUGAACUUAAUGACCUCAAACAAGGGAAAAUCUGCAUAGGCUGAAAAUCGAAGCAACACACACAAAAUGCUGAAGGAACUCAGCAGGCCAGGCAGCAUCAAUGAAAAAGUAUAGGUGACGUUUUGGGCCAAGACCUUUCAGCAGGACUGGAGAAAAAGAGCUGAGGAGUAGAUUUAAAAGGUGGGGGAAGGGGAGAGAAAAACACAAGGUGACAGAUAAAAUUUGGAGGGAGAGGGAUGAAGCAAAGAGUUAGGAAGUUGAUUGGUGCAUGUGGUAGAAGAGUCGAAAGGCCACAGGGAUCACAGAAGAGGAGCAGCGAGAGAGGGUUUUACUGAACUCCCGUUGAAUGGAAAAUUUUAACUUCUUCAGGGUAGGCUUCCUGGAGGAGACUUUGCAGUGUAGUAUGACCAUGGGCUGAAUGACCUAAUUCUGCUGCUAUGUCUUCAGGUCUUAUGUUCAUAUUAAAAAUCAACAGACACAAUUAUCAAAAAAUACAAUUUCCUUUAAUGUUGUCAAGACUUUAGAAGGAUGGAAAUGCAUGAUUAUUAAAUAAUUUGCUAUUGCCAAAGACUACACCUACAGAAUGCAAAGCAACACUGACCACAAGGAACUCCCUAACUUGAUGCAACAUUUUGAUAUUUUAAAAAAAAGUACAGACUUCCUAAUUAAUGCUUCCAUUUUAACAGGAGGAGCCAUGAAAUUAGCUGUAGAACCACCUCUAUAUAAAUACAACAGGAUUCAUCUUUUUAAAGUAUACUUAAGUUACUCUUCAUCCAGGUCAAUCUUUUGGGAAACUUUUACAGAAGCAAGUCCACGAAGACCACAAACACUGGUAUGUUUGUUUAGAAUUUUGUUCAGAGUUUUGUUAACAUGCAGAAGAAUAUGGAAAUCUGGGAUUUAGUUCACUAACUUCAUCAGCAUUACAUUGUGUGUCCUUUAAACACUCUCAAUAUGAUCAUGUGUCAAAAUCCUGCAGCCAAACUAUUGACUGCCAACGUUUUGCUUAGAUAGAAAUGUUCUGGGACACUUAGGUUGUAAAAUCAUACCUGGCACAUAACACCUUUCAGAUAUGAUUAUAAAUACUAUUAAUUAUUUCGAAGGGCACCACAUAAGAGACACAAAAUAAAACAAUUUGUAAGGGCUUUCAAAUCAAAAGAUUUAGAUCACUAAAUCUCUUGAACUUUUCCUCUUUCCAUUGAUGUGACUGAAAUACUAGGCAAAUUUUGAAAAAGGCAACUGUUUAUCAGAGUCAUUUUUGCUUGCAUAAAAACUGGAGAGAAAUACAUUCCAUUCAACUAAUUUGUUAAUCCAAUAUCCUUGAAUCAUGCUUUCCUUUAACACUUCUCAAUAUUGCUUUUUUCUUUACAUUACAGGUGCAACAUGGUUUCAAAAGAAAUUAGUGCACUUCUGCUGUUGCUGCCACUGAACCUGGUUUAUGGAACUGAUCUUAUCAGAUAUGUAUAUCCAGCUUAUAAUAUAAAAAGCUAUGGGAAUAAUGAAGUAAAUUUGCACCAUUCAGCAAGCAAAGAAGACAGUGGGCAUAACAGCAACUCAAAAUCUGCAAGUAAUGAAGUAAAAGGAUAUGGAAACAAUGGCCACUCUAAUUCUGCAAGUCAUGAAGUAAAGGGAAAGUAUGCAUUCAAGAUUGAUGACAAUUCUGAAAGUCACCAGGUGAAGGGCCAAUAUUCAAGGAGAUCCUCUGAAGAAAAUAGGCAGAAUGGUCACUCCAAUUCUGACAGUCACCAAGUAAAGGGUCAGUAUUCAAGGAGAUCCUCUGAAGAAAACAGGCAGAAUGGUCACUCCAAUUCUGGCAGUCACCAGGUUAAGGGUCAUUAUUCAAGGAGAUCCUCUGAAGAAGACACCCAGGAUAGUCACUUCGAUUCUGGAAGUUACCAGGUCAAGGGUCAGUACUCAAGGAGAUCCUCUGAAGAAUACACCCAGUAUGGUUAUUUCAGUUCUGGGACACAUCUGGAAAAGGGCCACUAUUCAAGGAGAUCGUCUUCUGAAGAAAACAAUCAGGGUGCAGAUGCUAACUCAACAAGUGAUGAAUCUAAUGAACAAGAUUCAGAAGACAAUGAAACUAAUAACAAUUCUGAUUCCUCUUCCUCGUCUUCCUCAGAAGAACAAGAUGGAGAGCCAGGACCACCUGGCCCACCUGGGCCACCUGGUCCACCAGGAUACCCAGGAAAGCCAGGAUUUGGGCUACCAGGGCAUCCUGGUAAACCUGGGCCACCAGGGCCACAAGGAUUAUCAGCUGUUGGAAAACCAGGCCAUCCAGGAGAAGCAGGAAGGCCAGGUGUGCCAGGAACUCCUGGACGAAAAGGGGAAAAGGGAUCCCCAGGGAAGCAAGGACCAAGAGGGCCUCCAGGACCGAGUGGACCUCCUGGACCAGCUGGGUUAUCUGUCAUUGGUAAACCAGGUGCUAAAGGAGAACCAGGUCAACCAGGAACACUUGGAUUUCCUGGAAGAAAAGGGAACCCAGGAUAUCCAGGUCAACCUGGGCCAAAAGGGGACAAGGGUAUUGGAAGUCCAGGGCAACCUGGUGAUAAGGGUCCUCCUGGACCACGAGGUCCACCAGGUCUACCUGGACCACAAGGUAAAGGACACCCAGGACUGCCUGGUCCUAAAGGUGAACCAGGUCACAAGGGUGAAAAAGGAUCACCAGGAGAGUCAGGAAGGCCAGGAAAACCAGGCCAAAAUGGUCCACCCGGACCACCUGGAAAACAAGAGAUUGGAAAACCUGGAGCAAGAGGACCUCCAGGAAUUCCUGGGAAGAAAGGCCACCCUGGUCUACAAGGCUUGCCAGGUACACCUGGAGUGCCAGGCUUAGGAAAACCAGGACUGCCAGGACUAAAAGGACAUCCAGGUUUACCUGGUGAAGCUGGAAAACCAGGAGAGAAAGGACAGCAUGGCUCACCUGGAAAACCUGGACCACGAGGUUUGAUAGGACCAUCAGGGCCACCAGGACUAAAAGGCCCAAAAGGUCCAUCUGGUGCAGUUGGUGCACCAGGAGAAAAGGGUCAUCCAGGAAUGAUGGGUCCAAAAGGGCAGGCAGGCUCAAAAGGUGAGCCAGGAUCAACUGGUGAGCGAGGACCUCCAGGGCCCCCCGGAAAACCAGGAUCAAAAGGUGAUAAAGGACUACCAGGUCCAGAGGGUAAAAAGGGUGAUAAAGGACUUAUUGGACCACGUGGAAAGCCAGGCAGUGCAGGUAGAAUAGGGCCUCAAGGACCUCAAGGUCAUCCUGGUGAACCUGGAAAGAAAGGACUUACAGGAACACCCGGCCCAAAAGGCUUAAUUGGGCUUCCAGGCUCUCCAGGGCAUCCAGGAGUAAAAGGAGAUCCAGGGGUUCCAGGAACACAAGGUUCUCCAGGGCCCCCAGGUAAAUUUAAUGGAAAAGUCACUGAAGGGCCACAAGGUCCACCUGGACCAAAAGGAGCAAGUGGGCCACCAGGCAGUCCAGGACUUCCUGGUCCAGCAGGCCCACCUGGUGAAAUUAUUAUGCACACUGGAAAAUAUUUAGGCUAUCAUGGCUAUAUCAACUCAGGUGAUGUAGUGAAUCCUGUUCCAGCAUUUACUGCCAUUCUUUCUCAUCCAUUUCAUUCAACAGGUGAACCAAUAGUCUUUGACAAAAUAUUGAUCAAUUCAAAUAACAACUAUAAUCCAUCAAAUGGAAUUUUUACAUGUGAAAUAACAGGCAUCUACCAAUUUUUUUAUCACGUACAUGUCAAGGAGGCAAACGUUUGGGUUGGAUUAUAUAAAAACAAUGAACCUGUAAUGUAUACAUAUGAUGAAUAUUCACCACAAUAUGUUGAUCAUGCCUCAGGAACUGCCAUUUUACAUUUAAAUGAUGGUGACAAAGUGUAUGUAAAACUACCAACAAAGAAGUCUAAUGGCUUAUAUUCUUCUGAGUAUAUGUAUUCAUCUUUUACUGGAUUGUUAAUUACACCAUCAUGAUGCAUGUCAGUCUUAAGAGGCAAAGCUGUGAGUCUAUAUCUGACACAGUCAGAUGACAUUGUAGGGUAAAUUUAUGAAAGCGACAUAAAUACCCAAAGAAUGUCAAACCAAGAAAUCAUUGCAGUAUUUUUAAAGGACAGGCAUGCAUUCCAGGGAACCAAUCAUCCCUAUAAAGAUCAAAAUAAUAUAUUCGCUGACAGCAUGACAAUUUAUUUCUAAUUUGUGUGCACAAGUUAUGAAGAAAAAAUAUGAUCAUUUGAGAAAUAUAGUAUCAAAAGUUAUAUGCCUUCAUGAACUUUCAUUUUUUUAAAUUUAAUGUUCUAACACUGAUCAUGUUUAUGGCAUAAUUCAACAUGACUGUUUAAGAACAGGAUAAUUUUGUUAAUAUCUUUGCAAAUGACAUCAAUACAAAAAACACUUUUUCUAGGUACGUAAUACUAGCCUUUGUAUUGCAUUUACAUUUCAACUGCAACAUUGGCGAAAUUAAGUUCUGUAAAUCUGGAAGUUUAACAUCAGCUUUCAGGACACCAUCAGGAUAAGCCUAAGGUUCUGAAUUUCCAUUUCAGUGACUCAACUCUUCUGUACAACUGUUACGACACUACAGCCUUAUAAAAUGUCUCAAAGUUUCUCUCAUUGUAAUCCACCUAAAAUAGUUUGCAAUAUUUAUUAUUUGUAAUUUAAUGCUUGAAAUUCUUAGAACUUUGGGGAUUAAAUUAUGUUGUACAAUUUUCACAUUUUAGUGUAUUACUAUUAUUUCUGCAAAACAAUAAACAACCUGAACAAUACUAUGAUUCAAUUGUUCCAUUUAUAUCUUUUCUGUUCAACAUUAAAGCAAACACGAAAAGAAAACAGUGACAAUUCUUCAUAGUAAAAUUGUAAUAAUGCUCCUAAAAGAAUAAACAAAAGAUUUUUACACAAUAUUGCUAACACCUUCAAUAAGCAUUUUUUAAAGUCAUGGCGUAAGCAAACACACAGCAUGCAAAAGAAUUCCUAGAAGCAUCGUUAUCCACAAUUAAU